AUGGCCUUUUGGGUGCUCGGAGGCGGUGGCAACUCGCUCCAUGUGCCAGGCGACAAUGACAGCUCACGGGCGAUGCCGUGUUUUGGCAACGGCAAGCGGAAGAUGGGCGGCGGUGCUCAUGGCCAGGCCGAAGACGAGCGUGCCUCUUACGACUACGACAUGCAGAAGAGGGCCAGGAUGGCGCCGUGGGCCGGUCUCCCCCCCGGUGUCGGAGCCGACUCCGGUUACCUCCAUCGCCGCGACUCGGUCCCCAUCCGAGACCUAGCCUUCCUUGUCAUCCGCGAGGGCCAAACUCCCAUCUGCUCGUCGCCGUCUCCCUCUCCCGAGCCCCCUGCUGCCGCCAUCGCCUCCCCUGUCCCCAGCCCCGGCCCCGCCAGCCACAAUCAUGCUCCCCCCGGCUUCGGCCACGGCCACGGCUCCGCCUCGGCGCCACCUUGCUUUCCCAUGGAGCGCACCGAGUCGGGCCUCUCCAUCUCGUCGGCGCCCUCGCCCCACAACGCCCUGUCCGCCCUCGUCGUCGACGACGACGACGACAUCGCCACCGGCCUUGUCCUCUCCGACUUGGCGGCCGCCCGCCUCGUCCGCACCCAUCUGGCCUCUUUUCGACGACGUUUCCCCGACUCGCAGCCCGAGCGCAUCCUCCGUGCCCUCAUUACCCCAAAGUCGCGCGGCGCCGACUUUCCUCUCGACAAUGAUGCCUUGGGCAGCAUCUUCUCGGCCGCCAACGAACUCUUCUUCGCCAGCCGCCUGGCCCGCCGCGUCGCUUGGGAUUGGAGCCACCCGGCCUGCGGCCAGUACGAGAGCCACAUUGUCGGCACGACGGCCCUGCGGCGUUGCACUCGCCUUGGCGGCUGGGAGACGCUCAUUGUGCUGUCGACGCCCAUCCUGCGCGACACCAAGUACAACCGACGCUUGCUCAUCUCAACCUUUUUGCACGAGAUGAUCCACAGCUUCAUGUUCGUCACGUGCGGCCUCAAGGCGAGCCACGACGGCGGGCACACCGACGGCUUUCGCCAGAUCGCAGCUGUCAUUGACGAGUGGGCUGGCAAGGAGUACCUGAGGUUAAGCGACAUGGAGGCCAACCUGGAACGAUUUCGGGGAGACGACGUCUUUCUUCCGUCUCACAAUGCCUUCCCUUUCCCUCCUACUCCUCUUUCAGACGAGGGAAACGGCGCCAGCACUCACAUCAAUCAUUGCAAUGGCCUCGACGACAACAAUGUCAUGGUCACGGAGCCACAGGAGUGGCCACACGCUCACCACAGGGGCCAGCACCACCAUCAUCGUGCCGUGGUGCCGCCAUCCCCCUCGCACAGCGCCGGCGGCGUCUUUUCCGGCGGGUGGCAGUGGUACGAGCGAGAAGACUUUGGGGCUCGCAGCCCGCACGCAUCGGGCUCACCAUACGUUUACUGA